UCUAACGAAAAAUCUACUUCUCAACACGACAAAAAUAAUAAUCUUUGUUAACCUUUCUUCGACAUGAACCCUUUGCUAUCUUUGUUUACUAAGCGUUGGCAUACUGGCACUAUAUCGUUCUGAUAAUGGAAGUUUUACAGUUUGUCGUGCUGUUUAUAACAUGCACACUUGCUACCUCGGAACAGACUACCGUUUUAGACGUAGCCGCUAAGAACGGUGCUACGAUCCUGCGAAGACUACUUAAUGGAACAUAUCUAGAAUCUCUUUUACUUAGUGAAGGUAACUACACAUUGUUUGCACCAGUAGACGAUGGGUUUGACUGGUUACCCCCAAGUGUAUACGAUGAGCUAAACAAAAACAAGACAUUUGUGAAUUUCCUGUUCACAUUCCAUGUGGUCAAGGGGCAAGUGGAGUCAGAGAAGUUUAAGAAUGACGUCACAUUUGCUACCUUGCAUGGGGCGACUAAGGUCAGGAUGAACAUCAUAGGAACGACAUACACAGCUGAUGGUGUGGACGUUACUCUUCCUGACCUGUCUGCGUCAAAUGGCGUGGUACACAUGCUUCAGAGAGCGAUGUACCCAAUCCCCACACUCUCCCUCCUAGAAUACCUCACAACCACUCCAACAUUAUCACGGAUCGUUGAAGUCAUACAGCAUGCCAAUCUCACAGAAUUCUUCAAAGGUGGACCAUUUACACUAUUCGCGCCGAUGAAUAUAGCCUUUGGUAAACUUCCGGACGGUUUUCUCGAAAAGCUGAUGUUAAACAAAACAGGCCUCGUCGAUUUGGUCAAGUAUCAUGUCUUGACGGACACCCUUUUUAGUGAAGGUUUGUAUGACAACCAACGACUUACAACAGCUAAUGAUAAACAGCUCAUUGUUACUGUAAUGGAAGGAAAUGUGGUGAUCAAUGGUGCCUUGAUAAAAGGCUUUGAUAUCAUUGUUAACAAUGGUGUCAUCCACGUCAUCGACAGGGUUUUAAUUCCACCGAAUUAGGAACAUCGACAAUUCAAUAAAAAAAGUGCCCCGAAAAUAAAGAGUCCUGUUUGUC